AUGGUUAAGCGUGAAAAGAAACAAAAGUCCCAAACCCCACUUGAUCGAUUGCCCAUUGAAAGGAGACUCGCCAUUCUUAAAUUCAACGUGGAGGAUUGUAAAGAUGCAAUUCACGGCCGGAGAGUUCCGAGCACCUUUGGAGAUCGAGUGCAUCAGCUGUGUAUUAUUCGCGGCAUCAGAUAUCACCAUGGAUUUGCCCAGGAGCUCCGUGGUGCGACCCCAGAGUUCACUCGGGCCUUGAAUGCCAGGGAGAUCAUGAGUGGUAUCAUCCCAACCGUCUCCAAACCCGACGAGGCACCUUAUUGCAUCUGGCAUCCAGAUGUCCCAAGCGAGGAUACCCUCCGGGCUCUUGUUCAGCGUUACCCGGAUAUGCUUUACAAUGCCGCUCGUGCCUGUGCCGUUGCUGGGUACAUUGAUUUGUACAAAGAGCUCGACCCCCUCCCGGAAGUACACGUCGCAGAGGAUGCUGGCUACGCAAGUUUCCACAAAAGCAAUAGGGGAAGUCAGGAAAUUUACGAGCACAUUCUCUCCCAACCCGUGAAGUACGCAAUCAUGAAUGACUACAAGCGGACAGUUGAUGUCGCCGGACGUCGAAUUGCAGUUUUGAAUGGCGAUACCGCCGUUUGUUCGAGCCUUGAAGCCAGAUACAAAUACUCUACAGCUGGAGAGAUGUGUCUCACCGAGAGGCCUUGGGUAUCGAAAUCAGCAUAUUUCAACAUCACCGAGGACUUUGGGAUAGAUGAUCAUGACUGCGAGGCACCGAAGACACCAAAUGAUGAUGUGGAAUUGCUUUACAGCCCUCUGCCUGCAGAUCUCCCGCUCGUCAACAAGGACAGUCUGAUAUAUCUCGCUGCAUACACAGGCGACAUUGAUCGUUACGCACGCCUCCGAAGACCAAAAAUGCUUGAUAGUGAGUUUGACAUUGUGAUCCGCGGCAUAUAUCACAAUGCAUUCUUUGCCAAAUGGUGGAGUACGCAGAUUCCUGAACAACCACAAGGAGCCAGCGAGGCGAUCAUUCGACGCGCAAUCAAUGCUCGUCGUAUCAUGUCUAAUGAUCUAUCCUGGGUCACCGCGGAUAUCCCGCCCAGUCUUCUCCCUGAAAUGAUCUGGUUUCCCGCCGUCGCAACAGCAUUGACCUACAGCAAGCUUCCAUACAUGGAGCCUAGAAUGUAUCGGGCAUGUCUUAGGGCCUGCAUUGCUGCGAACUAUGCUUCAACGUGGGAUGACUUGCUUCUUGCGCCACCCGAGAAUGUCUUUUGGUUUCAGUCUCCAAGAAGACCAGAUGAGCCCGAGGAUCCUAAGUUAUGGAGAAUUUCCAGAAUCAUCGCUGGCGACUUUUGGAAAGAGGCGGAGCAGUCGCGAAACCCAUACUUUCUGCAAGAAAUGUCGACCGCCGUGCCCAAGAGACCCGAAGACAGCAACCGCGACGCUCAUUGGUCAUAUCAUUUCUGGGCGGACAGUCUGUAUUUCCCACAUGUGACACCUUUACUGUGCACCGAUGAACCGGUUCAGGCGUUCUCUGGUGAAGGUCCAUACGAUGGAAGAGAUGGCGGUAUCGGUGAUGCAGAUUGUGCAGUGUUUGCAAUGGAUUCUAUUGGGAGAGAAAUUUUGGGGGAAGAGAAAGAGAAGCAAGAGUCGUCUUGUUUCCCUCUCGAGAAAAUUUUUGAUUUGAUAGAGGCGAAGCAAAAAGCCCAUGAUGGAUAG